AUGCUACGCCAGGCCACCGCGCGACUGCCAAAACCGGCCGCCGCCAUGGCCCGCAGUAGCUUGAAGCGCUCGGCGGCCGCGGCGCUCUCGUCGUCGGCCUCGCCUCGACCUUCAUCGACCGCGCCCACGGCUGCCGUAUCUCCCAUCGCCGCGCAUGACCACUCGACGCUGGAUCAGAGCAAGCAGACAUCGCUGGCCGACGAGUUUCACGACACUGAGCGCAUUCACGCCACCAAGACAACACCCGAGCUCGUCCGCGCCUACGGUGUCUACUUUAUGUCGCAGUUCCGCCCCCUGGUCCAACACAGCGGAGAUCUCCUCGAGAUCUCGUACAAGUUCCCGGGUGCCAAGUUCACAGACACGCUGCCGCCCGCGACCUUCUUCGGCCAUUUCCGCCCCGGCGAGGAAGUGAACGAGAUCCGCCCCGUGAUCCGAAAGCUCGAGACGGCCGGCAUCGGUGCCAUCCUUGACUUCGCUGCCGAGGCCGACGUCGAGCAACCGCGUGACCUAAAUGGCGUUGACCAGAACUUGGUUUCGGCCCGUACCUACGCCUACGAUGGCGAGGCGGCCUGCGACGCCAACGCGGCCAUCUCGCGCCACGCCAUCAUUGACGCCAGUGAGGCCGCAUCAACCGGCGAGCCUGCUUUCGUCGCCAUCAAGUGUACGGCGCUGGGCAAGCCGGAGCUGCUCAUGCGCAUGUCAGCCAUUAUCGUGCAGGCUCAGCUACUGUUCCACACACUGGACGGCCCCAACCUUUCUCGCGCCAAGUCUCGCUACCUCGAUUGCAUGAUCGACUACCCCACGCUCAGCGCCGGUCUUCGCAACGCCGGCGUGGACGCCACUGAGGAGGAAAUCCAGAAGCUCUUCAAUGAGCUCGACCAAUCGUCCGGCGACGGCGUGAUCGACUACGUGGACUGGGUGAGUUUUCUCGACCCGUUCGACUUGACCAUGGGCCCUCUAACCCAGUUCAUCGAGGAGGAGCCGCUCUCAGAUAAAGAGAAGACUCAACUGCGCAACAUGAUUGCGCGUCUCGAGUCGCUGGCCAAUGACGCGGCCGAACGUGGCGUGAAGCUAAUGGUCGAUGCUGAGCAGACCUACAUGCAGCCGGCGAUCGACCAUCUCACACUGAACCUCCAGCGUAAGUACAACCGUGACGGCGCGGACGUCAUUUACAACACCUUCCAGUGCUACCUCAAGAUGUCGAGCGACCGCAUCGACAUCGACCUGGAACGUGCUCGUCGUGAGAAGUUCCGCUUCGCAGCGAAGUUGGUGCGCGGCGCCUACAUGGUGCAGGAACGCAAGCGUGCCCGCGACAAGGGAUAUGCCGACCCGAUCCAUGACUCUAUUGAGGACACACACACUAACUACAACGCUCAGGUGACCAAGCUGCUGCACAACAACAACCUGGCCAGCUUCAUGGUGGCUUCGCACAACGAGCAGUCGGUGGUGAACACUGUGCAGCAGAUGCAGGACAUUGGCAUCAGUCGCGCGACUGGUGGUGUGUACUUUGGCCAGUUACUGGGCAUGUGCGACCACGUGUCGUACACGCUAGGUGCCAACGCCUACAAGGUGUUCAAGUACGUGCCGUACGGUCCUAUUCACGAGGUGCUGCCAUACCUCAUUCGUCGUGCCCAAGAGAAUUCGGGCUUGAUGAGUGGUGCGCAGCUGGAGAUGCGCAUGCUGAGCACGGAGAUCAAACGUCGCAUGUUUGGAUGA